GGAUGUGCUGAUCAUUCCCCAGCAUCCGUGUAAUCAAUCCCUCUAUGGCCCUCAAAUCGCUUCUCUUGAAAUUGUCAUCCCAUUGGUGUUUUCAGACUGCACGAGCUACAAAGCCUUUAUGACAACCGUGCUCGAAGUGUCAGGUGACAUUGGCACGGUCGUUUCUACAGCUCUGGAAUAUGUCAUGCACAUGGGAUUAAUAGCCCAGGACCCUAAUAAAGUCACAAGCCUUCCAACAUCACUCGGCAUGCUUACACACGUUUUCAAAUUGCGUUAUUGUCAUUAUCGAACUAAGCAAGCACAGCGCCGCAAUGCGGGAAGAAUUCAUCCUACGACUAUCUGUUAAAAAGAUUUUCUUGAUUUGUCGCAUUAUCCAACUUCUUUUUUCUUCUGGAGAGAGCCUGGAUCCCACGUUUGGCAAAUCCACACUCGUCCAGAGUUUCGUGUACCUCGUUGUUCUCCUUUUCCGUGCGAAUAACACUGUCCCAGUGUUACAUCAAGCUCUUCACUCAUAUGCCUUCGAAAUAGCCAUGGGCAUCCAAGGACCCGCUGUGGAGGUGGAUCUUCGUGAUUACAAGAAAAGUUUUCUUGUGAUCUUAGACAUUUUCCUCGUCUACGACAAAAUCUUGACCUACGCGUACAAACGUGUGGAUGCCUGGUCUAAUGCUCUUGGACCAGAUGUGUUACCAGACGAAACCAUCCGAAAGCGUUGGUCUGCAGUUGAGACGAAGAUACGAUUAUAUGCCAGUCUCAAGUCCAGGGAGGAAAAGAUAAGGCGGCCAUCACCUGAUAAAAAGGGCUGGAUUCUACGAAACAGUGUUACUGUGGUGAUACCACAGAAGAUACUCAGCUUAGGCAAUGCUCGGAAUGUCAGGUUGUGCGGUACUGCUCAAAGCGAUGCCAGCGUGAUUCCUGGUAUAGUCAUCACAAAUGGAGCUGCAAAUUUUUGAAGGCAGCUGUUGGUUCAUCGACAUCGCACUACGUGAAACGUAGUCUCUGUCUGCUAUCUGGCAUAGAAGCUCACAUGGUCUUGUGCA